UCCUAGUGUCUGCCUGUAGCAAGAUGGCGGCGAUCUCAAUGUCAGUGGCGCUGAGGCAAGCGUUGUGGGGGAGAAGGGUAGCGACUGUAGCUGCCGUUUCUGUUUCCAAGGUUUCGACCAGGUCGUUGAGCACUUCCACAUGGAGGCUGGCACAGGACCAAACUCGAGACACGCAACUCAUAACCGUUGAUGAAAAAUUGGAUAUUACUACUUUAACUGGUGUUCCCGAAGAGCAUAUCAAAACUAGAAAAGCCAGGAUCUUUGUUCCUGCUCGCAAUAACAUGCAGUCUGGAGUAAACAACACAAAGAAAUGGAAGAUGGAGUUUGAUACCAGAGAGAGAUGGGAAAAUCCUUUGAUGGGUUGGGCGUCAACGGCUGAUCCCUUAUCCAAUCUGGUUCUGACUUUCAGUACUAAAGAGGAUGCAAUUGCCUUUGCAGAAAAAAAUGGCUCCUCUGGGGGCUUCUCCAGGCAAGAAAACUGGAGUGGAUUACCAUGCUGCCCUCCAGGGGAUCUUCCAAACCCAAGAAUUGAACUCCCGUCUCUUUCAUCUCCUGCAUUGGCAGGAUGGAGCUAUGACGUUGAGGAGAGAAAGGUUCCGAAACCUAAGUCCAAGUCUUAUGGCGCAAACUUUUCUUGGAAUAAAAGAACAAGAGUAUCCACAAAAUAGGUUGGCACGGACUGUAUCUCUGUGCUUGACUGUGAAUAAAGUCAGCUGUGCAGUAUUUAUAGUCUGUGUAUAAUACACCUCUUAAUCUCCUAAUAAAUUUGACCUUUAAACUACAGAAA